GGCAGCGAGACUAACGAUCUUGAUUGCAAAAGCCCCAGACCGGCAUUACGGGCUGUGCCAGUCCGGGCCGCGCGCUGCUCUGCCAGGGGCUUUCUUCUGGCGGCUUUUCAGUUGCCCUUCACUGCAUCCCCUCGGUGGGACGGCCUCGGACCUCGCCUCUCUCCCCCAGACGUGCCGGGCCCGCCUUCCGCGGGGGUCCGUAUCCCGGUGGGCCGCUUCCCCGCCCGGCAGCCCCGGGGGAAAGGCGGGGAUGCGGGCGGAGGCGGCCCCCGGGACUUCCUCGUCCGCCCGCUUCCCCGCCCAGGGGCCGCGCCCCCCCGCCGGGCAGGUGAGGCCCCGCCGGGCGCCCGGCAGAGCCCGGGGAGCCGCGGGCCAUGGCGUACCGGGAGCUGGUGAGGCGCUGGCAUGAGGGCGUGCUGGCGGCCGACGGCGGGGACUGGGACGCCGCCCUGGAUAUCUUCGCCGGCAUCCCGGAGCCGCCGUCCAGGAUCUGUUUCAACAUGGGCUGCGUGCAGCUGCUGGCGGGGAGGCCCGAGGAGGCCCUGCGGUCAUUUGAUAAAACCGUCACAAAGGACAACUCCCUAGCUGUUGGCUUCUUUCAGAGAGGGUUUGUCCAUCUGCAGCUGGAAAUGUACGAAGAAGCUCUCUCUGACUAUCAUAUGGCCUUCAGUCAUCUAAGAAAAAAUCCCUUCAUUGAUUACAAGCAGCUGGGGCUGAGGCACAUACUCUAUGCAUGGGAGGUGCUGUACAGCACUGCAGCAGCGCAGUGCCGGCUGCAGCAGUGGCAGGAGGCCAGAGUCACCCUAGAUAAGGCUGUUGUAUGGAGACCUGAAGGAAGGACAGCAAUCCUGGACCUGGCCCUUGAGCGUGUGCAGGACCAUCUGUUUUUAGAGCCCAUGCAAGUUCCUCUUGGGGAAUUUUUCAGACCACGAAAGAAGGAAGUCGAACAGCUGGAUUCAAAAGAUUUCCUGGGUAAACCGAAGGUGAUCUCAUCCAUCAUUCCCAAUGAUGAGUACAUUGGCUUCGAGCCUCUCAGGCCUCAGAAACAGGGCUUUUAUGAACCCAGUGCUGAUGCUCUGCGAGACAGUGAGUCAGGCUACUAUCGAGUUUUGUCCCAUUAUUACCCUGAGGACUCGGAGAAGUUGGCAGUGAAAGCCAGCAGUUUGGUCUUUGUGCUGGCGAGAGGAGUGGAUGGCUGGGCUACGGUCAUACACGAUGGACAGAAGCUGCGCAUACCGAGCUCUCUCCUGGAGCCUGCCUCAAAGAUGGAUAAAUGGAAGAUCAGCAAUGGGAUUCCCCUCCCUCCUGCCCAGGUGCCUCCCAGCCGACUCCAUGUGAAGCAGAAGCCAGGUAGUCCCCUGGGCCAGGGACAUCAGUGGGUGUUAUAUGAAGCUGUGCCCAGACACCCCUGCUUUAGGGAAUCUCCUGGGGGAGAAAAUGCCUCUUUAAAUGAUGCCCAAACGGACUUCAAGCAGAUCCCACUGACCCACGGAGAAGCUUCAUCCAGCACGGACAGACCUGUUGUGCUGAGAGCGCAUUGCGAGUGCACCGUGGUGGUGAGGGCAGGCGAGGUGCCGUCUCUGCCGGACCUGCGGGCUCUGCUGAGGGAACGGUUUGGCCAGCAGGCAGAGCGAGGGAAGCUGAGCUACAGGCAUUCGGAUGGCAAAGAACUUGGUGCAGUUUCGGGAGAGGAGGAUCUGGGAAAGAUGUGGCAGCAGCUGACAUAUGGCAGGCUGACGCUCUGCUGCCAGGACUUGGACUCCCACUCAGGCAGACCUGUCCUCUACCGGAUGCUGGCCCAACACUCUUACCUUGCGCAGGGACCAGGGGACCUGGAGUUCAGCAAGGGAGAUGUGCUGGAUGUUCUUUCUGAAGUGAAUGAGGACUGGCUCGAAGGACACUGUGAUGGCAAGACUGGCAUCUUCCCCAAAUGCUUUGCAACCCAGACCACUUGUGGUGCUGCCUUCCUAUAGCGAACAGGAUCCUUUUCCUGCCUGACUGGACUGUCUCCAAGGGGUGGGAGACACCAGACCCAGCUCAUUCGGGCCACAGCCAGCACAGCCGGGAGCUCUGCUGAACCUGGACAGGGGAUGUCCCCCACUCACAGAUCCCAUGGGGUCAGUUCCAGCAGUCCAACAGCAUUUUCUACAGCCUGUUCCCAGACCUGGCAUUUUUACCUCUGUGCUUACACUGCCAAAGAUGUGCCUGUGCAGGGCAGAGAGAAGGGAGAGUUUGGCUGUGGGAAAUGUCCAUGUGGUAGCUCAGACCUGAGGGGCUCAGACUGCUGGGUGGGAAGAGGUUCCUCUGGAUGGAGGUCUUCACUGCCUCUCCCUUGUUGCUCAAGUUCAGGCUGGGAAGCCUGAGCCUCACUGUAAUGAAGCCAAGAAUAGCUGUCUGUGAGCAGGAGACAGAGCCCUGUUCCCCAGGCUCUUGGGUCACAUCCUUAGCUCUACCGGACAGAGAGAUGCUGCUCUUUGAAAAGGCUUUUCUAACCAGUCUGCAGUGGGGUAUAUGGGAUAACACCUUGGGUUAGGACCACUGUAUCAUUUUCCACAGCAAAUGGAUCUACCAGAGCCAAAGGGUUCUGACCAUUCCUCAGCCCAGAUGCCUUUGGCUCUUUUCUUAAGCCCUUAAGUCCUGCCUGGAUGUUACUGCUUCAUGCUGCCUGGGCAGGGGUCUUGCAGCACAGAGGAGAGGUAGUUGUGGAAACACCCCUGCUCAGACUAGCCCUGCGCUUUGGCAGAGCCUUGGAAGGGCUGGGGAGAGGGCUGGCUGAGCAGCAUGGUGUUGGGCUGGUGGCUGGAGCUGGAAGGACUGAAAUGACUGUCCAGUUCCUGCAGCUGAGCUGUGCUGGGCUCUGCUGAUCUAAAUAAAACACUCAAGUGCCUGGAGCUGCUAUGGAUUUGGUGUCUGACAAAGCUGGACUAUGUAACUUGAAUAUAAAAUAAACCCUGAGCCAGAGUUGGUAGCUCUUAAA